CGGAAGGAAGAGGGCCGAGGAUGGGUCGGAGCAAGUUCAUCCUGGGGUUGCUUACUCUGGUAACCAUAGGGAUGAUCAUCGGUUCUUUAUUUCAGCUGGAAUUUAUCCACAGAUUGGAGGUUCCUUCUGGUGUUUCUCAUUGGGAGAAUGACAAAGAGGCAGCAACUCUUCGACUUGGAUUUGUCAAGCCGGAAGUAAUGAGCUGGUCACCACGGAUAAUUCUUUUUCAUAAUUUCUUAAGCACUGAGGAAUGUGAUUAUUUGAAAGCACUUUCAAGACCUCGCCUUCAAACUUCUACUGUCGUAGAUGCCAAAACAGGGAAGGGAGUUAAGAGUGAAGUACGUACGAGCUCUGGUAUGUUUUUGAGUUCAGAAGAGAGAAAAUUUCCCAUUAUUCAGGCUAUUGAAAGGCGGAUUGCUGUUUUCUCUCAAAUACCUGCUGAAAAUGGAGAGCUUAUUCAAGUUCUGAGGUAUGAAGUCUCUCAACAGUACAGGCCGCAUCAUGAUUACUUCUCCGACACUUUUAACUUAAAGCGUGGUGGGCAACGUGUAGCAACAAUGCUUAUGUAUCUAAACGAUGAAGUUGAAGGGGGUGAAACGCACUUUCCUAUGGCUGGAGAUGGACAAUGUAGUUGUGGUGGGGAGAUGGUAAGAGGAAUUUGCAUAAAGCCAAAUAAAGGAGAUGCUGUACUAUUUUGGAGCAUGGGUCUAAAUGGGGAAUCCGAUCACAACAGCCUCCAUGGAGGAUGCCCAGUUUUGAAGGGAGAGAAGUGGUCAGCUACAAAAUGGAUGAGGCAGAAAGCUACCUAUUGAUUGGUAUCUUAAUUUUGUUCUCCGCCAGCCUUUGUAUCAUUUUCCAUUCGAAAACUACAGGUCUAAUAAAAUAUACUUAUUACAUUCAUCAUUUAUUUAGCAUUAACCAAAUGUUGGUAGCUGAGCAUAAAGAAUCAUAUUCCCAGAAGUUUAGAAUGCUGAUUCAAUAAAAUUCUUUGAGCCAUUUUGUUACA